CAGCCCACAAAGAGAAAUAGUAUUGGAGAGGCAGGGCAGCGGGGCAGAGGUGCAGAUGAAAAGAGCCUAGAGAAAAUACUUCUUCAAGCUCUAAUAUACAACUACCAGACCUCCAAAAUAAAAAUGAAUGGACAGAAGCAGUGGACGAGGGUGGCCGUGAUGGCGCUCCUGGUGCUAACGGUGAUGGCAGCUGAAGGAGGCAAAGCAGAGAAACAAGGAAAGAAGGAGCGCAAGUCGGACUGUGGGGAGUGGCAGUGGAGUGUGUGCGUAGCCAACGAAGGCGACUGUGGACUCGGCACCAGGGAGGGGACACGCACCGGCACCGACUGCAAGCAGACCAUUAAGACCCAACGCUGCAAGAUCCCCUGCAACUGGAAGAAGAAGUUUGGAGGGGAAUGCAAGUACGACUUCCAGGCUUGGGGGGAGUGCGAUCUGGCAACGGGCAAGAAGAACAGGACGGGUGUGCUGAAGCGAGCGCUCAUGGAUGCGACCUGUGCCACCACUGUCACAGCCACCAAGCCCUGUGGGAAAAUCCCCAAGACUAAGCUGCAAGAUGCAAAGAAGCAAAAGAAGGAAGGCAAGAAGCGAGAGCGCACCCAAAUGGACUGAUGAGGCUGUUUGUCCCCGGGAAGGAAGACAGAAGAGGGUGGAGAGACGUCCACUGCCCUAUUUCAACACGGUUCCUCUUUGUGUGUCCUGUAGGUUGACAGUAGGAGCCUGUAGAGCUUUGACAAAACCAGUGGAAAUAUGACUUUUAGUGACAAACAUGUUUUACUUUCUCUUCUCUCUAGCACCUGAUAAGAAACGACUUGUAUGAUGUGGUAGGAGACGUAAUACUGAUGAAUAAUGAAUAUGAAAGACGUUUGUUUACUAGCUUUCUCACCUAAUGAUGUUGUUCCUAGGAUUAUUUUCUUACAAACAAAUUGGAUAGGAUUUGUUUUACAGUUGCAUAGCCUAACUUUAAUUUGGAAAACUCUCUGGUCCGUGCCUCGACUUAAUGAAGCGUUUUGCGAAAAGUGAAGUUCUAAACAUCUUCACUUAAUUAAUCAGACGUGCAUUUGCAAUUUUUCCAAGUGUCUCGAGUUAAUGGUAACGCUUCCCCCCCGUCUCUCUGUGCUAUAUGAUAUUUUUCUUCCAUUUCCAGUUAGAGUAAACAGUUAGUUUUGUCUGGAGGCUGCAUGAAAUAGCAAACUGUACAAGUGUAAAAAAAACUGCGACUGUGUUUAGUGUGUUUUCCUGCUCGCUGCUCUGUUGUACCUCAAUUUAUACCCGCUGAUUUUUACUCUCCAGCUCUUGGCUGUACAAAAUUAAAGUCUUCCUGAUUGUAGUCCUCA